AUGGCAGACCAUGGAGAGCCAGCAGCGCACCCUCUGGAGCUCCCCAGCCCAAACUUUGCUCUUGAGCACCUGCAGAGAGAAAAGCCAGCCCAGGACCCCCUGUAUGACACCCCUCACGCCUGUGUCAGGCAGCCCGGCGGGCCCCAGCAGCCCGGGCGAACCGUGAGCCUGCGGGAACGGCUGCUGCUUACCCGGCCUGUGUGGCUGCAGCUGCGGGCCAAUGCCGCAGCCGCUCUGCACGUGCUGAGGACUGAGCCCCCCGGGACUUUCCUGGUGCGGAAAUCUAACACCCACCAGUGCCAGGCUCUGUGUGUGCGGCUGCCAGAGGCCAGCGGCCCCUCCUUCGUCUCCAGCCACUACAUCCAGGAGAGCCCUGAGGGUGUCUGCUUGGAAGGCUCAGAGCUCACAUUCCCAGACCUCAUCCAGCUCAUCUGUGCCUACUGCCACACCCGGGACAUACUUCUCCUUCCACUCCGUCUCCCCAGCGCUAUCCACCAUGCGUCUACCCACAAGGAACUGGAAGCCAUCUCCCAUCUAGGCAUUGAGUUCUGGAACGCCUCCCUCAACACCAAGACCCAGCAGGGCUCAUCUGCAGCCCCCGCGCUGCCCCGGCUGAAGGCCCGCUCCCCUCAGGAGCUGGACCAGGGCACAGGCGCUGCCCUGUGCUUUUUCAACCCCCUCUUCCCUGGGGACCUGGGCCCCACCAAGCGGGAGAAAUUCAAGAGGAGCUUGAAAGUGCGCGUGUCUACAGAGACCUCCAGCCCUCUGUCUCCACCAGCUGUGCCACCUCCCCCGGUCCCCGUGCCACCAGGGGCAGCGCCCAGCCACACCGAGUGGCUGCCUCCUCGCCAGCUACUGCGGAGGGAGAGCUCCCUGGGGUACCGUGUGCCCGUGGGCACAGGCCCUAGGCUCCCCCCGCUGCCCUCCCUCCAGGAGGUGGACUGCGGCUCCCCCAGCAGCUCUGAGGAGGAAGGGCCUUCAGAAUCCCAGCGCAGCCCUGUCACCUCCCCGCACCUGGGCCAGCAGAGGCGGAGGCGGCCUCUGCUGCGCUCCAUGAGCUCUGCCUUCUGCUCCCUGCUGGCACCCGAGAGGCAGGUGGGCCGGGCGGCAGCAACGAUGACACAAGACAGACACACAGCUGUGGGCCAGCUGGUGCAGGACCUGCUGACCCAGGUGCGGGCAGGCCCCGAGCCCCAGGAGCUGCAGAGUGUCCGCCAGGCACUGAGCCGGGCCAGGGCCAUGCUGAGCGCAGAACUGGGUCCCGAGAAGCUGCUACCUCCAGAGAGGCUGGAACAUGUCCUGGAGAAGUCACUACACCGCUCGGUACUCAAGCCUCUCCGGCCCAUCUUGGCUGCCCGCCUGCGGCGCCGGCUUUCCACAGAUGGCUCCUUUGGCCGCCUGGCUGAGGGGCUCCGCCUGGCCCGGGCUCAAGGCCCUGGAGCCUUGGGGACCCAGCUGAGCCUGCCCUCCUCAUUGGAGACCGAGCAGGUGCGCCAGAAACUACUGCAGCUGCUUCACGCCUACUCCCCCAGCGCCCAGGUCAAGCGGCUCUUGCAGGCCUGUAAAUUACUCUACACGGCCCUGAAGACCCAUGCAGGUGAGGACGCAGGGGCUGAUGAGUUCCUGCCACUGCUGAGCCUUGUCUUGGUCCAGUGUGACCUUCCUGACCUCCUGCUAGAAGCUGAGUACAUGUCUGAGUUGCUGGAGCCUACCCUACUCACGGGAGAGGGUGGCUACUACCUGACCAGUCUGUCUGCUAGCCUGGCCCUGCUGAGUAGCCUGGCCCAGGCUCCAGGCCUUCCUCCAAGUCCAGCACAAGAACUACAGCGUUCCCUGAGCCUCUGGGAGCAGCGCCGCCUGCCGGCCACCCACAACCUCCAGCACCUCCUCCGAGUAGCUUACCAGGACCCCAGCACUGGUUGCACUUCCAAGACCAUGGCUGUACCCCCAGGGGCCUCGGUUGCCACCCUGAACCAGCUUUGUGCCACUAAGUUCCGAGUGACCCAGCCUGAUGCUUUCAGCCUCUUCCUGUACAAGGAGGAGGGCUACCACCGCCUGCCCCCCGGAGACCCGGCGCACAGACUUCCCUCAACUGGCUACCUCGUCUACCGCCGGGCGGAGCGGCCUGACACCCAGAGAGCUGCCACAGAGGAGGCGGGCAGCAGGCAAUUAGAAGCAGCAAGCCUGGAGGAAGGGAAAGGGGGCCAGGGAGAUGGGGACAUGGGGAUCAAAGCCACCCCUGGGGACAGUGGCACAGUGUCUCAGACACCUGUGGUGGGGGAUGAGAAUCAGAGCAGGGGAGGCCAUGUUCAGCCAGAGGAGCCCGAGGCUGAGGGCAGUCAAGCUUCAGAGGAGUAG